CUACUACCAAUUUCUUUACACGGCUUAGGGCGCAAGAGGCCUCUCCUGCUCUACACACUGCCCUAGCUUAGCUAGCCGUUUGGAGGGCAGUGUUGGCAGCUAGCAGCGACGACAGAUGGAGUGCAGCGGCAAGGAGGAGCAGCAGAUGCAGAUCGUGUGCGUGCGCAGCGCGUCGACGGGCGGCGGCGAGGAGGUGGGGGAGUGGGCGGAGCAGUCGUCGCGGUCGGCGCUGUCGCUGUUCAAGGAGAAGGAGGAGGAGAUCGAGCGCAAGAAGGUGGAGGUGCGGGACAAGGUGUUCUCCAUGCUGGGCCGGGUGGAGGAGGAGACCAAACGACUGGCCUUCAUCCGCCAGGAGCUGGAGCUCAUGGCCGACCCCACGCGCCGGGAGGUCGACGCCAUCCGCAAGCGCAUCGACAAGGUCAACAGGCAGCUCAAGCCGCUCGGCAAGACGUGCCUCAAAAAGGAGAAGGAGUACAAGAUGUGCCUCGAGGCCUACAACGAGAAGAACAACGAGAAAGCCACGCUGGUCAAUAGGCUGUUGGAGCUCGUAAGCGAGAGCGAGAGGCUGCGGAUGAAGAAGCUGGAGGAGCUCAACAAGACGAUAGAAUCCCUCUACUAGAUCUGAUCUCAUGGAAGAAGAGGAUGACGAUGGUGGUAAGGUAGUCGUGGUAUUCCGGCCCAUAAGAGAAAUCGAACUAGCAAUGACUGAAGCUCAACGUGCAAUUUUUUUUCCUGCGACGUACUUGAUGAUUGGAUUUGUGUAUUUGUACACAUGAUUUG